AUGAAGCUCGACUUCUUCAGACCCUCGCGGUGGGCUCUCGAACCAGAGGAGGCAAGCUUCGCGCCCGCGAAAGGAUGGAGUAACAAGGAUAUGGAUCCAGUCCCCCCGCAUUUACGCACCUGGACGACAUGGAGCUACAUCUCUUAUUGGGUCUCUGAUGCAACUAACCUGGCUGUCUGGGAGCUUGCUAGUUCCAUGCUUGCCAUUGGUCUUUCUUGGCGGCAGGCUCUACCAUGCAUUGCAGUUGGAUACUGUAUCAUAUCUAUUGUGAUGGUUCUCAAUGGCACGACAGGAGCGCGUCUGCACGUCGCGUUCCCCGUCCUGAAUCGCUCUUCUUUCGGAUUUUGGUUCAGCUACUUCACCGUCUUCAGCCGUGUCAUCUUGUCCAUGUUUUGGUUUGGGAUUCAGAGCUACAACGGAGCUCUAUGCGUGUAUCAGAUGCUCAAAGCCAUCUGGCCCUCCAUCGCUCGCCUCCCGAACCACAUCUCAGACACCUCCAUCACAAGCUCGGGCAUGAUGUGCUACUUCCUCUACUGGCUCAUCCAGCUCCCCUUCAUGCUUCUCUCGCCCCAGAAGAUCCGCUGGCUGUUCAUGGUCAAGGGAGUGUUCACGCCCAUCACCUGGCUCGCGAUGGUGAUAUGGUCCUUUGUCCGCGUGCCGGCGCACCAGCCUGGCGGACUUUUCAACCAGCAUUCGACUCUGAGCAACCCGACGUUCUCGUGGGUCUGGCUGAGCGCAAUGAACAGCGCGUUGGGGAUAUACUCGAGUUUGUCUGUCAAUAUUCCCGAUUUUACUCGAUAUGCCAAAGACGAAAAGGCACAAUACAUACAGCCUCUCAUCAUCCCCAUCGCCUUCACACUCUGCAGUUUCGCCGGAAUUGCAGUCACUAGCGCAGGCAUUACACUGUAUGGCGACAUCCUCUGGAACCCCCUCGACCUCAUUGACCGAUGGGAUAACCGAGCCGCAGCGUUCUUCGCAUCAUUUGUGUUUAUGCUGGCCACUAUUGGCACGAACAUCAGCGCCAACUCGCUGGGAUGCGGGAACGACAUGACUGUUCUUUGCCCCAAGUACAUCAACAUCCGAAGGGGCCAAUUGUUGUGUGCGCUCAUCGGCGGCUGGGCAUUGUGCCCAUGGGAGAUUCUAGCCAAUGCAACUGGCUUCCUAAACUUCAUGAACGGCUACACGAUCGUUCUUGGUCCCUUUGCAGGAAUCAUGGUCACAGACUUCUGGCUCGUCCACAAGGGUCGAGUUGAUGUACCAGCCAUGUACGACCCUCACGGGCGAUAUCGCUACGCGGGUGGUUUCAACUGGCGCGCGGUCCUUGCAAUGCUAGUCACGGUCAUUCCGACCCUCCCCGGUCUAGCUAACUCAAUCAACCCCAACAUCUACGUCGGCAAAGCCGCCCACCUGUUCGACAUCGCAUGGAUGUACGGCUUCUUCGUCUCAUGCGUGGUCUAUUACACGACAUCUGUCCUCUUCCCGCCCCGCGGAACGUUUGUUGACGAGCUCAUCCAGGCUUAUGACGUCGAUCGUAUACCGCAUGGUGGCCAUAAGAACAACGAGGGUAAGCCAAAGUUGCCGACGGGAGGCGAGGGCGAAUAUGACGGAAAGGAGAACGUUGACGUCAAAACAGUAGAGGUAUAA